AUGACUGUCAGGCUUCUGGUUAUCCUAGGUGCUGGCCCAGGAAUUGGGUUGGCCACGGCCUCACACUUCGCUUCCGAAGGAUUUGAUAUCGCGUUGCUUUCUCGAAAUACCGACCGGCUGAGGAACGAUGUUGCAACAGUCCAGAAGAUUGCACCAAAUGUGAAAGUUCAAGCCUUUCCAGUCGAUGUUGGAGACCAUGUCGCACUGAAGAAGGCCCUUGAAAAGGUGGAAACUGAGAUGGGUAUUCCAGAAGUGGUGUACUACAAUGCGGCAAGAGUUGCGCCGAGCAAGAUUGGAGAAACAAGCCCGGAAUAUAUCUUGGAUGACUUCAAGAGUAUGAACAUCGGCAUGUACGUGGCAGCGACAUGGGCACUUCCUCAUCUCACAUCUAUUGCCCAAAAACCAGACAGGCAUGCGUCGUUCUUGUUCGGCAACAGUGGAAUUUAUGAGUUUCCCAUAAGCGAUUUCUUCUGCUUGUCAAUGCAGAAAGCUGCUCAAACGAAUUUCGCUGGGAGUCUUAGUCAGAUUGCCGGUCCUAAAGGCAUACACGUCGGCAGUGUCAACAUUGGAGGGGUCGUUAGUGACGAUGAUCCGGACAUGAAUGCCAAACUGAUUGCAAGCAAGAUAUGGGAAUUAUAUUCGCAAGACAAGGAUCACUGGACGGCUGAGGUCAAGGUUGGGGACAUUAGAGAUCUGAUCAAGAAAAUGUCGGGCCAGUAA